AUGUCUCAGCUGCAACCACCAAUCUUACAAUCGGAGCUAAAUUUUGCGGCGAUCUAUGAUAAUGCGAAGAACUAUAAAAAUUUCGAAGAGGUGUACGCUGCCGUCCUUGCUCAUCCUGACUUGUUAACCAAAAUUCCAGAUGGUCGUAAUUGGGCAAUUAUUCACCAAGUUUGUUUCACUGGCGACACAAAUCAGUUUAAUCAACUGUUAGCAUUACAAAUAAAUAAUCCAAAAUUUAGAUUACUGUCAAAAACCAAUGAUAAUAAAAGUGUAUUAGACAUAGCUCGUGAGGCUUCUAAAGACAAACCAACCACUCUGUUUCAACGGAUUGAACGGCUAAAAAACUUGGACGAAUUAUUGCGAAAUGCUGAAUGCGGAAACUGGUCAUUUUGCAAACAAUUACUUCAAAGUCAACCUGAUCUUGCCAAUGAGAAACCACCUUACCAUCAUUUCUAUUUUCUCCAUCAUUUAGCAUGUAUGGGAGAACGACUAGUAUUCGAUGAAUUGAGCCGUUUAUGUCAUUUUGAUUUUACUAUUUCUGUUGAUAAUGAAACAGCAAGUAAUUUGGCUGCCGCUGGUGGUUUCAGAGAUUUUGUCAAAGCUAUUGAUCGACUGAGCCAAAUAUUACCGACAACACCACGAAGAGAUGAACUAUCUACUGGCAGGAAUGCAUCAUCCAGAGAUCAAAAAGGAUCAAUAGAUACUGAGAGGAAUCCAACACCACCGAGCAGAAGAGGAGAUCAAGUAAACUCGACACAAGCCAGUCUUCCAUAUUUUCAUUUUGAUCAAAUUACACUGGAACGAGAUCAGUAUAAUAAUCAUAUUAUCAAAUCUGAUAUUUUGGCAUUCACUUCUACUUCAGAAAGAUCGUUGGACUCAACUACGAGCAGAGAUCGAGCAAGUGGUGCUCGUGACAAUAGUCGAUCAACAAUAUCGGAUAACAACGCCUACUAUAAAAACAUAUGCAAAAAUAUCCAAUGUAUAUCGAGUGAGAAUUUGUUACGGCUUAUUAUAUGUCCAAUAACAGGUCAACUGUUACAAAAUCCAGUAACGGCUACUGACGGUUUUGUCUACGAAAGAGAAAAUAUUAGCAAAUGGCUUUUAACAAAUAAUCGAUCACCAACAACAAAUAUGGAAAUAAAAGAUAAAGAUUUAAAACCGAAUACUGUCAUCGAACAAAUAAUAGCAGCUAUAAAAUGGCAAUCGCAAGUAAAGCACGAAGACUUUCAGUCGACAAGUUCGGUUAUCAGAUCUCCUAAUAGAAAAUAA